UUUCGAGCAUUGUGGUUUUUUUAUUUUUCUAUUCUUAGCUUUGUUCUUUUUAAUUUCAGAAAAUAAAUUCAAUAAAAUCCAAUUCGAAUGAUGAAUUUCGAAUACAACCUGUUGAUUUUUUAUAGCAUUACAUCAUAUUUGAACAGUGAUCACGUGUGUGUGUUUGUGUUUUGGCCAGAAUUCUGUCAACGCGUCAAAUAAGAAAUUCUUGGCUUGUUUGUUUUUGGAUCAAAAUUCCAAAACAAAACAAAACAAAAUUUACAAAAUAAACCAUGGCUAUUGGUGUAUAUUCAUUGCUUGAAGCAACAUUAUUGGUUAUCAAUGCUAUUGCUAUAUUGAAUGAGGAACGAUUCUUGGUUAAAUGUAUGUUGAAUUUUUUCUUUCUUAAAAAAAAAGCAAAUAUACCGUAUGGUGGUGGUGGUUUUGGUGGCCAACAAUCCGCAACAAUAUCACCGACGACGAUGUCACCGAAAAUGCAAAUUCUAAAUCUAUUGCAUUCCAUACGUACAGUUGCACGUUUACUCGUCGGUGUUGCUAUCGCUAAACCAUAUGGUUAUCAUGGAGGUGGUGGUGGCCAUGGAUAUGCUCAUGUUGUACCAGCAGCCGUAUUAAGUCAUCAUCAUGUUAAAUAUUAUGAAGUUCCAAGCCAUGGUUAUGUAAAACCAACAACAAUCGAUGUACCACCAAAUCAUAUACCAAUUAAUUUCAUAUUCCGUUCAGCAUCCAGUGCGAUACAUGCUGAACAAAAACAUAUGGGCUCACCGGGAUCAUAUCAACAAUCAUAUUCAAAAGAUGAACCACACGUUCUUAAACAUAUGGUUACAAAACCAAUUAUUCAAGAAGUACAUGAAAUUAUUUCACCAUAUCGUAAAAUUGUACAAACAGUUGAACCAGUUAAAGAGGAAAUUAAAACAAUUGUUGCACGUGGUUCACAUGGUUAUGGUGGUGGUCAUGAAAGUGGCGGAUAUGGUGGCGGUGGCGGAGGUGGUGGACAUGAUACCUAUAGCAGCGGUGGUGGUAUGGAAUAUGGCCAUAUGGAAAGUGGUUAUGGUGGCGGCGGUGGUAUGGAAUAUGCCCAUUAUUAAUGAUGAUGAUUAUUACCAGAAAACAAAAAGAUAGGAAACAAAUGUUCCUUUUUUUUAUAUUUUAAAUCAUCAACGAUAUCUACUUAGAUUUUUUUUUUAAAUUGA